GGACGUCUCUCUGAGGAAGAAGACAGACAGGAUUAAUAAGUGUGAACUGUGGUAAAUUAAACAAACAUGAAUUUUAAAAUACGAGCUGCAACAAAAGAAGACUGCAAAGAAAUCUCCAGAAUGAUGUUGGAGUUGGCAGUUUAUGAAAAAGUACCCGACCAAGUGAAGAUAACUCAUGAAGAGCUGGAGCAGGACGGUUUCUGCCAGAAUCCCUUCUUUGAAUGCCUCGUUGCAGAAGUGCCUGGGGCGCAUAAAUCUAAAGAAGGAUUCACAAUUGUCGGAUACGCCCUUUACUUCUACACAUACUCAUGGAAGGGCCGGUCAGCAUAUAUGGAGGACCUGUAUGUGAUGGCAGAAUUCAGAGGAAGUGGCAUUGGCAAGGGUUUACUGAGCAAAGUGGCUGAGGUGGGGAAGAAGAAGCAGUGUGUGCGGCUGCAGUUGUCUGUGUUGGACUGGAAUACUCCCUCUCGAGACUUCUACGCUGCUAAAGGAGCUCAGGACCUCACCGACAGCAAAGGAUUGCACUUGAUUCGUUUUGACGGACAAAGCCUGGACAAAUUAGCAAACCAAGCACCUAAAGAUUAGAAGUUUGACAAAGAAAAUAUGUAUCUUGCUGUGAAAAAAAUGUGCCUGCUUUGUUUUAUCUUCUUCCAUAAACAUGCAACCUUUACAAAACAGUGCCAACAUAAACCCUGUCUUAUAAAGACAGUGUGCUGAACUUGAAUGGGUAAACUGAACUCUUGAAUGAUUAAAGAGCAAAUGUGACAAGACAUUGUAAAUAUGUUAAUGCCCUAUGAAAACUGAGGUCCAGCUGUGAGAUCUGUCAUGUUUCAGCUUAUAUUCUAAUUGAUUUCAUGUUCUUUUUUUUUACCUUAAAAUAAAUCAGAUUUUGUAUUAAAUCCUUUAUUUGGGCGUGUUUUAUUUUAUUCCCCAUGAGUGAUGUAAAAGCCAGCAAAAAGAGAAACACUAUUACUGACUUCCUCAGUCCUUCAGUGUUGGAAGAAGUAGCCAUUACUUUUACUUGAGUAAAGUACUGUGUCAAAAUAUUCCAUUACAAGUAAAAGUCCUGCAUUCAAAAUGUUACUUAAAUAAAAGAACAAUAGUAUUA